ACAAACACAAACACACACACACACACACCUUAUAAGUCAAGGUGAAAGGCAGCAUAAAUCACAGCAUAGAAGAAUUAUAAAAUCAUUUUCAUUCAUACUUCUGUCGCUUUUGUUAUUAUCUUUCUAACCGCUCCCUGUAAAGACGACAGUCUCUUACUGAUACGCUCCGGACCGCCCUGGAAAGAGUUCUUCUUUUAUAUAAAAACAUAUCUGCCGAAUCCACCAUGAGCAACCCGAGGACGCUGAACGAGCUGAUCGAUCUAAAGAACUCUCGAUUUGGUCGGCCUCCUCCAAGACAUGGCCUCAAGCUGCUGUACUGGUUUGCUAACGACUUCCUGUUUAUUAACAACAAUGACAGGAUGUGCUGGCAGUACAACCCGAGAAGCGAAUUCUUCGGCUUUCAUCGCUUUAAGAACAGAAUGGACAAAAAUGGCGUCAAACUCCUGCCCGAUACCAACCUCAUCUACUACAUGGUGGGAAAUCUGAACAGCCCAGGAGCAGAAGAGCUGCCCGAUUACGUCCUGGAAGACUUCUACGGCUAUAAAAACGAGAAAAAUAUGGAUCGCAUCAUCAUCAGCAUCGUCGAUCAGUCUGUUGACAGAGUCUAUGUGACUGAGCACUGCGAUCGGACGGAUUUCAACAAGGAAGCUACGUACUGCAUUAGCAAGGAGCUAAUCAUGAUGAUCCAGGAGAUGACCUUAGAGGACUUUUUGAUACAAACCGGUUAUUCGCGAUCGCUAGCAGUCUUAUUUCGGAGUAUUUGGAGAGAGCGUGAGCAAGAGAACAUCGCUCAGAGUUCUCAGGAGGACGAGGCCAGCAGUUUCUGGGAUGAUAAUGAAUCUACAAAGUGCUGCAAAUGUGUCAUCCUUUAGACUCUUUCGGCUAUAGAAAGAAAAGGCGAUACUGAGGUUCAGUAGUUAAGAUGUUGGACUUCUGAUCCAAGCAACACCGGCCCUUGAGCAAGGCCUUUAAUCCUCAACUGUUUAGUCGUAUAAAAUCAGAUACAUUUACAAGGAUAAGAAUGUCCCCAAAAUGCCAUUAUUGUAGAAUCUCACACAAACUGUCCAGGAAUUUAAACCAAUCAAUUCCAAUUCACUAUAUGACUAAAAGUUUGUGGACACCUGAUUUCUUUGAAGAGGUUUCACCAGAUUAUUUGCUCAUUCAGCCACAAGGGUGUUAGUAAAGUCAGGUAAUGAUGUAGGUGAGAAGGUGAGGAGGCCUGGGGUGCAGUCAGCGUUCACAUUCAUCCCAUAUGUGUUCAAUAGUGUUCUGUAGCAUGAGAUCUUCCAUUCCAACAUCACCAGGUAAAGCUUAUCUUCUUGGGCACAUGGGUAAUUGGCAUGCUGGAACAGGUUUGGGUCUCCUGGGUCAAGUGAAGGGAAACGCCCUAUUAAAAUUUCUGCCUCUUUAUGGUAAUGAAUUGGGUAAUGACCACGUGUGGCUGGAAGUCAGGUGAGGUGUCCCAAUACUUCUGUCCAUACAGUGUAUUUGUUAAGCUAUAAAACAUUACAUACAUCUAUCCAUCCAUCCAUCCAUCCAUCCAUCCAUCCAUCCAUCCAUAUCUAAUCUUAUCUAUCUAAUUUUAGAUUCUGAUUGGCCAGAAGAUAAGGAUGUACAUGGUCUAGUCUAGUCUAGUCUGGUCUGGUCAGGAUUGGUCUGGUCUAGUCUGGUCUGGUCUGGUCUGGUCUG